GCGCCUUCUGGGAGUUGUAGUCCCCGCCCCCCCGCACUCCGCCGGGCGGGGAAGGUGCCGCGGGCGGCGGGGCGGACUCGGUUUCCCGUCGUGCCCGCGGGGGGUGGCAUGGCGCUGCAAGGAUGACACCGGAGUUCGACGAAGAAGUGGUGUUUGAGAAUUCACCACUCUACCAAUAUCUGCAGGAUUUGGGACACACAGAUUUUGAAGUAUGUUCCUCUGUGUCGCAGAAGGCAAAGCAAUGUGCAGUAGAGGAAGGCCAGAAAGAGCGGACUGUGCAUGUUGUCCAGAAACAAGGCAUCCUGUCAAAACUAGUUGAGUUCUUCAGAAGUUGGUUUCCUUUUCCACAAUAUAAGAAAGAUGAUGACAUACUUCACAGACUGGAUGUCGGAUUUCGAUUUGACACACUCCGUACCAUCCUGCAACAGGAAGUUCUGCUGCAGGAGGAUGUGGAACUGAUUGAGUUCCUUGACCCGAGUAUCCUGUCUGCGGGGCAGUGUAAGCAACAGGAACAUGGACGGCUUCCAACACUACGCUCCCUAGCAACUCCUAAUAUUUGGGAUGUCUCGCUGUUGCUUGCCUUUGUAAGUGCACUGCUUAUGCUUCCUUCAUGGUGGAAGGAAUCAUCGUGGCUGCCGUGGGGACUAGUUCUGCUUGUGUAUGCAAUCUUUCGAGUGUGGGGCACAUGGAGGACAGCCAAGCUGCAAAUGUCCCUGCGAAAAUACUGUGUCCAGCUGGAAGAAACAGUGGCAAAUAGUCGAGCUUUUACUAAUCUUGUGAGAAAAGCUCUACGACUCAUUCAAGAGACUGAAGUAAUUUCCAGAGGAUUUACCCUUUUGCUUGACAGGGUCAGUGCCGCUUGCCCAUUUAAUAAAGCUGGACAACAUCCUAGUCAACAUCUUAUUGGUCUCCGGAAAGCUGUUUAUCGAUCUGUCAGAGCCAACUUUCGAGCUUCAAGACUGGCUACUCUAUACAUGCUGAAAAACUACCCGCUGAACUCUGAGAGCGACAACGUGACCAGCUACAUCUGUGUAGUCCCUUUCAAGGAGCUGGGUCUGGGACUGAGCGAAGAGCAGGUGUCUGAAGAGGAGGCACACAAUCUCACAGAUGGCUUCAGCUUGCCCGCCCUCAAGGUUCUGUUUCAGCUCUGGGUAGGGCAGAGUUCAGAAUUCUUCAGGAGGCUGGUACUGCUCCUCUCGCCAGCCAAUGCGUCCCCCAAGCCCUUGAUCUCCCCUGAACGGUUGCCUCAUCAUAUCUUGUCUGAUGUGACUCAAGGCCUACCUCAUACACAUGCUGCCUGCUUGGAGGAGCUAAAGCGAAGCUAUGAGUUUUAUCGGUACUUUGAAACUCAGCAUCAGUCAGGUUUCGAGCGGCCAACCAGGACAAAGCAGAAGUCGAGGGAGUUGAACAGCCUUCAGACAGCAGUACGCAGCUUGCAGCUUCAUCUCAAGGCACUGCUGAAUGAGGUAAUAAUUCUUGAGGAUGAACUUGAAAAACUUGUUAGCACUAAGGAGACGCCUGAAUUGACAACAGAAGCCCAUCAGGUUCUGGAACAAAAACUAAAGUUUAUUCAGCCUCAUAUGCAGGCAAGCAACAGCUGCUGGGAAGAAGCCAUUUCUCAGGUGGAAAAAAUGAGUGGAAAAAAUCCAAAUAAAAAAGGCAAGCUUGAAGCUUUCUGUGACAACCUACAGCAUACUACAGUACCUUUAAUGCAGCCUACCAUAUACAUAGAAGACAGAGAUCCAAUCCCUGAAGAACAGGAAUUGGAAGCAUAUGUUGAUUAUUCAGAUAUGGACAAUGAAUAUAAUAGGGAAGCUUUUGAUUGCUUUUCCCAGGAAGAGAGAGAGAGACAAAAACGAGAGAGAGAAGAAUCUAAAAGGGUGUUACAAGAAUUGAAAUCUGUACUGGGUUUUAAAGCUUCAGAAGCAGAAAGACAGAAAUGGAAACAGCUGCUAUUCAGCGAUCAUGCUGCAGUGAAACCCUUGUCUCCUGUAGAAUCGCUGAAGCUACUAAGUAAUUUGGAAUCACACAUGAAUUCAGAUACAGAAAAGCAGAACUGCAGCCAAAGUUGUGAUAAAUCUGAAGAAAUAGACUCUAAUCCAAAAGUGAAUGCUGCUGAUAAAAGCAGGACAGAAUAUUUGUAUGAAGAUCCUGAGAUGGAGAAAAACAAAGACAGUACUACUGAAGGUGGUAUUUCUACAGGGGCUGAAGAAAGAAUGUGUUAUCAGUAUGAAGGGGAAGUUGAAGAUCUCAAGCCAAGCGAUACGGAUGUAAUAGAGGUUUCACAGCCUCCUUCUAAGGAUGCAUUGCAUUCAAAAAUAAAGCAUAGGCUGGCUCAGCUCCACAUAUCAACAGAUUUUAACUUCACAUCUGGUCUGGCUGCACAAGUUGCUGCCAGGUCUUUCACUUUUACUACAAUGCAAGAACAGACUUUUGGAGAUGAUGAUGAGGAGGAGGAGGAGGAAGAGGAAGAGGAGGAAAAGGAGGAAGAGAAGAGGCAAGAGCAUGAAGGCCUUGUGGAAGAUUGUGAGAAUGAAGGUAGAGGCUCUGAAAGUGAAGGAAAUGUAUAAGUCUGAGCUGAACUUUGUUAAACCAACAGCAGGCAAUUUGGUAGAAAAAAAAUAUAAGGUGGGGGUUUAAAGAUGAAAUUACUGGGUGGGAAAAACAAUUGGAGACCUAAAUGUGAUAUGUUUUGUUCCCUAAGUCUGAUACACUAAAUGGGACUUCUAAGAAUAUUGAAAAUUUGCAGGUAAGACAAAUGUAGGCUGCAUCCACCAAACAGGUGGCUGCUGCCUUUUUAAGAUCUUAGUGGUGAGUUUUGGAAUUUACCUUAGUGUUUUCUGUUUUAUUUAUUUGUAUCAUAAUGUGCUGUUGUUGUUUUUCUAAAAAGAAUGAAAAACAAUGUAUUGAAUUACAACAGACUCCGUCUUUUGCUUUCUGGUAUAGUUGUCAUGGUAGCGUAUGUUAGUUCCAACAAAAAAGGAAGAACCUGAACUGUUCCCUGUGAUCAUCUUCUACCAAUUUUCAUGUCUGCAGCGAGUUGGUUAAGCCUCCACAGGCAUUUGUGAUUCUGUGGGUAGUGAAGCUCCCAACUAAAAUCUAGAGUUUAAAGAAAAAACUUGGAAGAACUAGUAUUUUAUGUGUCCUGGGGCAUGGGGCUGAAAUAGGAUAAAGUUGGUCACGCUUCAUAUUAAGGUUUAUAGAGAAUUUUAUGAAGGGUUAAUAAAUGACUCCUAAAUGUUGUAAUUCAUGUUAGAAAGGUGUAGUACAUGUUAGGGAGGGUUUUAAGCGUAUCAGUAGAACGUACUAUAAAGAGGUAGAAGCUAUCUGUUGGAUUUAUAAUAGAUGAGAAUUAAAUAGCAAUUUAUUAAAACAGCUAUUAAUUAUUUGUUAACCUUUUAUAAAUUGAACCUUAAUAUAACGUUUGAUUUUGAUAUAA